AAUCAUCAUCAAAUUCUGCACGACUGCCACUUGCACCUAUUUCUAAUUCAGACAAUCAAGUAGUUCAUCGAAUUCGUCCUAGAAUUGUAAAACCAAGACCUUUUAAACCAUUCGAUGCAUCAAAACCAUUUGUCAGUCCACUCAAAAAAUCUUCUGCAAAUAUUAUUGAAGAUACGCAAAAGAUUCUUCCGGCUGUCACUUCAAAUUCUGCUCAAGAAAUAUUGUUGAAAAUUGUUCAAGUUGCAAUAUUGAAGUAA